AGAGCGGGGCUGGCGCUGCAGUGAAGCGACGCUGACGCUCAGAAAACUGCUGGGAGGCGGUGGCGCGAGGUGGGACCCAAAUGCUGGAGGAAGGAGAUGAAAAAAAUGAGACUUAGAGAGGUUACAUGAUUUGUACACUGCUGGUAAGUGGUAGAUCUGGAAUACUUGAGAGUCUGUUACACUCUAAUGCCUCCCUAUGUUUGAAGCCACCUUCUCCAGAUCCUGCCCUUCCCCAAGAGGAAGGCACAGAAGAGGAAGGAAUGGCAGGUGGUCUCCUCACAGCUGGGCCCCAAGGAUCCACACCUUUCAACAGUAUGACUGUAGCUUUUACCCAGAAGGGAUGGAGGCAGUUGGCCCCUACUCCGAGGGACAGGUUCAAGAAAGGGAUGCCAGAAAAGUCCAGAAACCUGGUCCUACUGGGACUUCCAGUCUCCCAACCUGGUAUGAACUCCCAGUUGGAACAAAGGGAAGGUUCAUGGAUGCUAGAGAGAGAAGGCCUAAGGAGUACCUGUCCAGAUUGGAAGAUUGUAUCUGAAUCACCACCUGAACAAGACAUUUCUGAAGAAUCAUUCCAAGACCCAAGUGUAGAGAUGCCCUCUGGGGAGUCAGAUCACAGGAACAGUGAACUGGGGAAGAGCUUCAGUCUGAGACCAGUUCUUUCUCCACAGCAGAGAGUUCCUACAGAAGUGAGACCCCGUAAAUGUGAAACACACACAGAGAGCUUCAGGAAGAAUUCAGAUAUAAUUAAACCUCACAGAGCGAAGCCGUACAUAUGUAAUGAAUGUGGCAAAGCCUUCAGUUACUGUUCUUCCCUUUCUCAGCACCAGAAGAGCCACACUGGGGAGAAGCCAUAUGAGUGCAAUGAAUGCAGGAAGGCCUUCAGCCAGAGCUCAUCUCUUACUCAGCACCAGAGGAUUCACACCGGAGAGAAACCUUAUAAAUGCAGUGAAUGUGGAAGAGCCUUCAGCCAGAAUGCAAACCUUACAAAACACCAGCGAACUCAUACCGGAGAAAAGCCUUACAAAUGUAGUGAGUGUGAGAAAGCCUUCAGUGACUGUUCAGCCCUUGUUCAGCAUCAGAGAAUUCACACUGGAGAGAAGCCUUAUGAAUGCAGUGACUGUGGGAAGGCCUUCCGCCACAGUGCAAAUCUUACAAACCACCAGCGGACUCAUACAGGGGAGAAGCCCUACAAGUGCAGCGAAUGUGGGAAAGCCUUCAGCUACUGUGCGGCAUUUAUUCAGCACCAGAGAAUCCAUACAGGGGAGAAACCCUACAAAUGUAAUGCAUGUGGGAAGGCCUUCAGCCAGAGUGCAAACCUCACAAACCACCAGAGGACUCACACUGGAGAGAAACCCUACAAGUGCAGUGAGUGCGGGAAGGCCUUCAGCCAAAGCACAAACCUUAUAAUCCACCAAAAGACCCACACUGGGGAGAAGCCUUAUAAAUGUAAUGAAUGUGGGAAAUUCUUCAGUGAGAGCUCAGCCCUUAUUCGACAUCAUAUAAUUCACACAGGAGAAAAACCCUAUGAGUGCAAUGAGUGUGGAAAGGCAUUUAACCAGAGCUCAUCCCUUAGUCAGCAUCAGAAAAUUCACACUGGUGUGAAACCGUACGAAUGUAGUGAGUGUGGGAAGGCCUUCAGGUGUAGUUCAGCUUUCAUUAGACAUCAGAGACUCCAUGCUGGAGAGUAACUGGGAACA